AGUAGUUCAAAAUGUCAGCCUCCAUGUGCUAAAAAGAGAAUAGAACAAGAGAACCUAAUUUGAACUUAAAAACAAAAAAAUAUGUUUGUGUUUGUAGGUGAAAAUAUUCUAAUCUACAAAAUGUCUAAACGUGUUGCUGAGAGAGAACUGACAGACAGGAAUUGGGAUCAGGAGGAUGAUGUGGAAGAGGCUGGAACAUUUUCUGUGGCAUCUAAAGCAGAACUAGAAAAGAGACAGAUAAAGACAGCUAAAAGGAGUAGAGGAUCUGUGGGUGGUACUGGUGGAAGCUCGGCAUUUUCUGGUUUUGGUGGAUUUGCCUUCAAGCCUACACAGACGAGUACACCAUUUAACAUGAAUGUCAAGUCUUUCACUAAUGGAAAAACAGAAAAGCCUAUGGAGGACAAUGCUACAAAGCUGAACGGAAUCCCAGAAAAACCAGAGGAGAAGAAGGAUCAAAAUGAGAAGGAGGACAACAGUAAAUACAUGUCUAAUCUGAGAAGUCUGAACGAGAGCGUCCUCGCCUGGAUAAAGCAGCACGUGGAGAAAAAUCCGUACUGCAUCCUGACACCAAUCUUCACAGAUUACGAGAAGCAUCUCAAGACCAUCGAAAAUGACAAGUCAAACUCUAGUAUAUCUAAAAGUUCAGUGAAAGACAAUGGUGCGAAAAGUUCAGCUCCAGCAAACAAGGAUUCCCAGCCCAGCUUGUCAGCUUUGUUCAAGCCUGCGGCAGGAACUUGGACGUGUGACACGUGUAUGAUUCAGAACAAACCAGAUGUCAGUAAAUGUGUGGCCUGUCAGACCAGUAAACCUGGGGGAGGGGCCUCAUCAUCUCAGACUAGCAGUGGAGCUCCAGCAAACAAGGAUUCCCAGCCAAGUCUGUCAGCCUUGUUCAAGCCCGCAGCAGGAACUUGGACGUGUGACACGUGUAUGAUUCAGAACAAACCGGACAUCAGUAAAUGUGUGGCCUGUCAGACCAGUAAACCUGGGGGAGGGGCCUCACCCCCCAAAACAAACAGUACAGGAGCAUCAGACUUCAAAUUUGGAAGCAAUGGUGGAUUUAAAUUUGGCACUGGUACAAGUGAGAGUAGUUCUCCCAAUACAGGAAUAAAGUUUGGAACAAGUGAAAGCAACGCUACAACUGGUGGCUUCAAGUUUGAAAGCAGUGGCACAACUAACACCACCACUUCCUCUGGGUUCACGUUUGGGAAAGGGGACACAAAGUCCACAACAUCAGGGUUCUCAUUUGGAAAAGGUGAAGAGAAACCAGCAUCAGGAUUUACCUUUGGAAAAAGUGGAACAAGUGAAACAUCACCUGCAUCUGGAUUUAAGUUUGGAACUGGAAAUGGAUCUAGUUCUGUUUCAUCUGGAUUUUCUUUUGGUACAAAUAGUGGAACAGACAGUGCUCCAAAAACUGGUUUCAGUUUUGGGUCUGGGAGUAGCAGUACCACAGCAGAUGCUGGAAAGGGAUUCUCAUUCGCUCCUUCCACUACUACAGCUAGCUCCUCCUUUGGUCCAGGAUUUUUUAGUAAACCAACCACUUCAACAGAUGCCACUGGAGCAUCCACUACACAAGAUGAUGAAGAGUAUGAACCACCUAAAGUAGAAAGUACGGAAGUGGCAGAAGAGGGGUCUCUGUACUCUGUUAAAUGCAAGUUAUUUUACCAAAGAGAUGGCAAGUGGAAUGAAAAAGGAGUUGGUUUUCUGCACCUGAAGAAAGCUGAUGACAAAGCCCAGCUUGUUGUAAGAGCAGACACUAAUUUAGGUAACAUUCUGUUGAAUAUCAUGCUUUCACCAUCAAUUCCACUGAAAAGGCAAGGGACAAACAAUGUAUACAUUUUUUGUGUUCCUAAUCCCAAAAUUAAUCCCAAGGAUGAAGAUAAUAAGCCUGUUGCCAUGUUGUUGGACUGUAUUGAUGUCUGCGGUAAAAAUCUGUACAUUGGAACAAGUGAUUGCUUUGUUGUCCAUUACACAAUUGAAGAAAGAAAUCAAACAUCAGGAAAAGUCACCUUUCACUGUGAUAAAAUAGGACACAAAUAUCUUGCUCUUAAAAAACCAAUAAUUCAAAUUAAAUCUGCUUCUGCCUUGAACCGAAUCAUGGUGCUAUGUGACAAUACAAUAUCCAUGCUGAACAUGUUAGACCUGGAGCCAGUGAUGGGAGGAGCCAAGAUCAAGGGAGUUAACUGCUUUUGUUUUAAUGAGAACCCACACAACAGUAGUCCAUUCAGUGUGGAGAUUUGUGUGGCUCUGCGUAAAAAACAGCUUCAGUUUUAUACGGUGACGGAGGACCGAUUUAUCCACCUCAGGGACGUGUCUUUGUCAGAACCUGCCGUGGACCUGAGUAUAGAUAGCCCCUUUGUGUGUGUGGCCAUGUCAUCACAGUACAGUAUGAUCAACACGGACACAGGAUAUGAACAGAGUUUGUUCCCUUACGACAGUGAAAACUGCAGGCCAAUCAUCAAAAGAGUUGGAAAGGAGGAGUUUUUGUUGGGCGGGCCCAGCGCUUUAGGGAUGUUUGUGACGUCUGAUGGGAUUUCCCAGAGGCCUCCACUCCAGUGGUCUGACAACAUCGUCAGUGUCAGUUACCUCCACCCUUAUAUCAUCGCCAUGAAUGAUGAAUUCAUUACAGUUCAUAGCAUUCUUGAUCAACAACAGAAACAAACUAUACCAUUCCAAGGCGGGGUUUACUUGGAAAACUUUGAUGGAAAAGUCUUCAUUUCAUCAGUCCGUGAAAUAUAUUCUCUGGUUCCAGUGGCAUGGGAAAAACAGGUACAAGCACUACUGUUGGACAAGAGAGUGACAGAAGCCCUGGAUUUGGCCAGAAACGCCAAUAAAAGUGGACUUAGUAGAGACAAAAUAAACAAGAUUUACAAGAGAUUUCAGCAACAGGCAGCUUUUAUAGAAUUUUCUCAGCAGAACUUUGAGGAGGCAUUAGAAUUAUUUAAAAGUGGGGAGACUGAUGUUAGAGAGGUUAUCUGCCUUUAUCCCAAGUUUCUGCCUUCCAACAGCAGUUUUACUCGGUCUGCUCUGCCAUUACAUGAAAUAGCUGACAUUAAUCAGCUCUGUAAAGGAGACCAAAAUCUAGUGAAACAGUAUAAAGACUUCUUGUGUUCAUACUUAGAGGAAAUUAAAGGAACAAAACUAGCAAUGGGGUUUAAACAGGAAAUAGAUGUGGCAUUAUUAAAACUGUAUGCUGAGUUGAACUCAGAGGGUUUAAUUCCUUUAAUAUCCAAUGACUCAGGAUGUGACUUAAAUGACUGCGUAGAAUGGCUGGGAAAAUAUGAACGUUAUCAUGCUUUAGGUUUAUUGUAUAGGCUACACAGUGACCAUGAUAAAGCAUUAGGAAUAUGGCAAAGAUUAGUCAAUGGUGAAAUUCAAGAUGAAUCAUUCCCAGGUCUCCCAUUCGCUAUAGAAUAUUUAUCUAAUUUAAGUGACCAUGAGUUAGUGUGGAAAUAUGUAGAUUGGGUGCUAACUAGAGACCCAGAGGCAGGAGUUCAGAUUUUUACCAGUCGCCCCUCUAGUGAACCCCCCUCUGAGAGGAUGCGACCUGACACCAUAAUUGAUUAUCUACACCGAUUUCCUGAAGCUGUGAUAUCAUAUUUAGAAUACCUCAUAUUCCAGAAAAAAUUAGAGAAAGAAAAAUACCACACCCACCUAGCUGUUUUAUACUUAGAUUCUGUGUUACAAUUAAUGAAGGACCCUAAUGCCAAAAAGGAACAGAUAGAUAUAGCCAGAUCCAAACUUAGACACAUGUUACAGAUGUCCAGUCUUUAUCGAGUGCAGCUAAUUCUAGGGAAAGCAAAAGAAACUGAUAUGCAUGCUGAAUGUGCUAUUCUCUAUGGCAAGCUGGAGGAGCAUGACAAGGCGCUAAGGAUUCUUGUUCACAAACUCAAAGAUUUCGGUGCUGCUGAAAACUACUGCAUGGUGAACUCAAGUGGCAAGGAUCCAAUGGUUCGGAAGCGACUGUUUCAUGCUCUACUUAAUGUUUACUUGGAUCCAUCUUAUGAACAAAAAGACAAACUAAUUAAACCUGCUGUAGAGCUGUUGAAUAAUAAUGUAGCAGACUUUGACACUGUCAAGGUUCUUCAGUCACUGCCAGACAACUGGUCAGUUCAUAUCAUUUCCCAGUUCCUGUCUCGUGCUGUUCGAAAAAGUAUGAAUUUAAGUCGAAACACUCGUAUCGAGAGAAUGAUGUCGAGGGGUGAAAAUUUACGUGUGAAACAAACAAGCAUUGAAUUACAGAGAGAGUUUGUUACGAUGAAUGACGAUAGGUAAGGAACACUCUUCUCU